AUGGCCCCCGUCUUGCAUACUGCGGGCUCCCCGGCCCUGCGCUCCGUCGCGGCUCGCUCGGGCACAGUCCUCCGCAGCGCUGUCGCCGCCGCCGGCCCUGUCCUCGCGCGCCGUGCUGCCGAGGCCUUGUACGCCGAGACCGCGCUGCAGCAGCAUGCAUACUCGACCCGCGCCCUGGCCGCCCGCGGCCUGACCGUCAACGACACCCAAAAGGUCACGCUCGGCGUCAUCGCCGCCUACGUCGUCGCCAUCGCGCUGCUGUGGAACAUCCCCUACAUCAAGUACAUCCUGUGGCCCUUCAAGAUGCUCGUCAUCGCCUUCCACGAGUUUGGCCACGCCAUCACCGCCGUCCUGACCGGCGGCCGCGUCGUCUCCAUCACGCUCGACCCCCACGAGGGCGGCGUCACCCAGAUGAAGGGCGGCAAGGCCGCCCUCACCCUGCCCGCCGGCUACCUGGGCUCCUCGCUCAUCGGCGCCCUCCUCAUCUUCUGCGGCUUCGACAUUGUCGCCUCCAAGGUCGCCAGCUUCGUGCUCGGCGCCUGCUUCCUGCUGACGCUCUGGUGGGGCAAGCGCGACUGGCUCACCAUCGGCACCGUGCUGCUCGCCGUCGGCCUGCUCGUCGCCUUCUGGUUCAUCCAGCACGCCGAGCCGCUGCGCUUCCUCGUCCUCUUCAUCGGCGUCAUGUCGUCGCUCUACUCCGUCUGGGACAUCUGCGACGACCUGAUCCUGCGCAAGGUCAACGAGUCCGACGCCAGCGUCUUUGCCCAGCGCUACGGCGGCUCUUCGCAGUGCUGGGGCGUCGUCUGGUCCAUUGUGUCGCUCGUCUUCAUGGUCUGCGGCAUCCUGGCCGGCAUUGCCGCCUUCCCCCAGACCUUCCAGCAGCAGGAGGACGAUUCCAAGAAGUUUAUCCCGACACGCUAA